CAGGGCGGCGCGAUGCAUGCUUCCUCGCCCAGGACAAUCAGUCUGGAUCACCGAUGAAUUACUCGCCGAUUCCUUCCACCGCUUCGUCAACGCCUCCAACGCGAAUCGAUCGACCUGCAAACGCUAUGGCAGCAAUGUUCCUGGGCCCUUGGAGGCUAAGAGACGUCUGGCAAAGCGUCGCAUGAUGGGCCUCGCUGCUUCCGGGGGAGUUGCUGGGCCCAGCUUUGGCGCAUUGUUUGGAUUGAAUGGACCCGCAAGACAGCCUUGGACAUGGGAACCUCCAAAGCCCGCCAAGCAGUCGUUGGAGCCUGCACCAUCUGAACCCACACCAUUGCCUCAAUGGCUUUCGUCCUUUGAACAACCACCGCCCGAAGACGAAGCUACCCAACAACCACCGCUCGAAGAUGACGCGAUCCCGCCCAUAGAUUUUGUCGAACGGUACCUACAACGAUUAGAGAGCAUACGCGACGUGGAAGAGCUGGGCAAUGUCUGGUUGGAGGCGAGUGGGAACCCACAGAACACUGUGCUCUUGAGUCAAUUGGCCUGUAUGCACUUCAUCGAGACCGGCCGUCACACUGGCUUUCAGGACCUUUUCCACUUCCUCCGGAAUCCUAGGGUCAACGUGCCUGAAGCGGAAAAUAUGAAAACAUUCCUGACCUUUGCAAAACUGGAGCCACUUUCUCCCGGAGACCUGAAAUGGCUUCUAGGGACCAUUCGGACAUUACUUUCGUUGGGGGCCAUGGUCGACUCGGAACUGCUUUUCGUUGUUGAUGCGAUUGGACAUGUCUGCCGAAAUACAUACAGCGAUCCCUUUGAGGCGAGCUCAUGGCUGGUCGGUGCGUAUCGAGCUAUAUGGGAUGGCAUAUCACAAUGCAAGAUUCGCUCGGUCGACAAGCUGGACAAAGCUAUAGCCCAGAAAAUCGCGAAGGAUUUGGCGAUUUUACCCUGCCCGCCAGCGGCCACGAAUCGUAAAACAUUGGACAAUUUCCGCAAAGAGCCUCAUAAGGAUCCAGCAGUUUUCAGAUUCAACGUCUAUCGGCAUGCUUGGCCCCCUUCUUAUUUUGUCAAAGAAGGCAAUUUUGCAUCCUACCUUGCUUCUUGGGUAACAGAACUCAAUGAGUCCGUAUUGGAAAACGGGGCGACUUCCUCUGGUUUGAGUUGGGAUGCAAUAUCAUCCUUCCUCGAAUCCUUGGGGAGUGUCAGGGCUCCUAAGGUCAUAACCCGUACCGCCAGGUAUCUCGUAUCUGGAAGGAAGCGGGCAAGGCCAGAUAACGAGUCCGGCAAGCUGUUAAACUCGUGGUAUGCAUGUGCCUCUCGCACGAGCUCCAUGUCAACGGAAACGAAGGUAGAUCUUUUCGCUAGUGAUCGUUACCUUGCUUUCCGGAUGGACCCCCUCGUCGCCGCCCCAUGGCUUGAAACGUUGGAGCCUGUCGAGGUCUGCAGCGUAUGGUUGCAUCGCUGGCUUCCCCUUUGCAUUGCCAGAGAAAACAGUCAACUUAAGCCUUGGAGCAGUCGUAACAAAAUCAAACGAGGUUACAUGGAGCAUGUCGGGAGAGUUUCUUUUGAUCCGCACAAGCCAUACUCACAUACUCCCUUUUUCUGGAUAAUCAGGGACCUCGUAAAGCAUGACAUGCCCUACAAUGGCGCCGUGUCGCAAGCAGCUCAUCUGAUACUACGUCUAUACGGUCCGAUGGCCCUUUAUGAGUUCUUCAAAAAACUAUGUAACGAGUCCAUUCCCAUUGAAGAUCCUCGUCCAUUCGCUCCGGUUGUCGAAAAAUUGAGCGAUGAAAACCCUGUUCUCGCUCUCAAGAUGUACAGGCGCAUCCCCAGGUUAUGGUUGAGCAUGUGUCCCAAGCUGCCGAUAGCCCUCAUCCGUGAUGGCUGUAUGAGCCGUGAGGCGCUGUUCGCGAUGCUGAAAAAGAGGGAUGUCGCAAGGAAAACGAACGAGAAAGGCGGCACAGACAUCGACCCCGGCCUCAAAAGGCUACACGAUGAACUCAUACAUCUCGUCGCGUUUGCAUUUGCGGACCAGAACCUAUCGGCGAGCCAGCGGUUCCGGAACGUAUAUUACUGCUACAUCUACCUAAGCGACCGGCAAGCGGUAAUGCGGCCGCUGAUAUCGAAGGCGUUUGUGCGCGCGGCGAUCACAAAGAGCCUAGAGAAUAAGGAGUGGGUGAGCACGGUGAAGCUGCGCUGGAUCUUGAGACUGGUGCGGCGCCUCGAAGGUUCUGACGUCGCCGAUACCCUGGAUUCUUUGAUAUGGCAGUGGCGCGGUAAUGUCAUCAUGGACGCAAGGGAACGCUGGGACAGGGCGGGCUUCAGGCGGCCAAGCACCGUCACAAUGGCGCGAAAGGUGGGCUUGUUUGAUCAUGACUAUCCCCGACAGCAGAGACAUCGCGGUAUCCGCACCGGCAAGGAAGGAUAUGUCGAGAAGCUUCUACGUCUUAGGGCUUGGGGUCGUCUGGCGAAGGACAGAUCUUUAAUCAAGUCGGAAGAGGAUUUGGAAAGGGUUUCUGAUAGCGAGUAACGUUUGAGGAAUACCAGUUGCGUGUUCUGAAGCGGAGUCAACACAAGAGACAAGAUAAUCACGAACGAAAUCAGUGC